UGCUUCGCUGUCCCCGCUAGUACCCGGCUGAGCAAAAAGCCAAAGGGGGCUCACGUUAUACCGCUGCUAUUGGUGAGGCUUAUGUCCUACCCCGCCACUUUCGUAGCAAGGACCCGGUUGUUCUAUCGUUUUCUUACCACGCGGAAAUGCAUAUAUUGGCAGCUGGGGUAGCAUCAACGCGCCUUUGUGUCAGCCGAAGCUUGCUACUUUUAGUAGGGGAUCGACGAGGCAGACCAUUCUUUUUGAACUCGCCUUCGAAAAAGCCGAGCUGCAAUGUUUAUUGUUUUAUACACAUAUAUCUGCGAAUGAUUUGGAAUACCUUAGGUGGUUCUUACAGCACAAUGUUCAAGAAAGGCGGCGGUUUUGAGAACUAUCUAAGCAUUCAAUAGCCCAGAGUCCAGACAGCCUGCUUCUCUAGCGCGUUAUGCGGAGUAUAGGUAGGUAGAGGUAGGUAAUAAAUAAGCCGACUUGAAUGAUCGACU